ACCUAAAGUGUGGACAUGUUCGAAAAUGAGUAUUUCUUUCAUUCUGCGGCAGCGAUGGGACGUGGAGGACAGACAGUCACGAUUUGGAUACAAAUCAUAGCUUUGCUUUGUUUGUGUGGUGGGUCUACGGCGCAGCUCUCGUUCUCUGUUUCCGAGGAGGUUGACAAAGGAACCGUAGUGGGAAACCUCGCUAAGGAUUUACAGAUUCAUGUUCAAGAUUUGGAAAAACGGGAUUUGCGAGUUGUGUCUGGGAAUUCUAAGAAAUAUUUCGACGUGGAUUUAAAAACGGGUGCUCUGUAUGUUUGCGAUAGGAUUGAUCGCGAGGAGCUCUGUCCAAACACGGCAAAAUGUUCCCUGAAUAUAGAAGCCAUUCUGAGCCACCCGAUGCAUUUGCAUCGCAUAGAGGUACAAAUUAUUGAUAUUAACGACAAUGCACCAUCUUUUCGUGAAAAGGAGAAGACUUUCAAUAUAUCUGAAUCUUCUUUUACCGGGGAGAGAUAUCUGCUCCCGAUGGCAAAUGACGCAGACACGGGCAGCAACUCUGUAAAAAGCUACAAGCUGAGUCCAAAUGAGUAUUUCUCGCUGGACGUGCAGAGCGGCGGACAGCACAGUGAGUCUGCUGAACUGGUGCUGCAGAAAUCUUUAGACAGGGAGAAACAAUCCGUUAUCCAUCUUACUUUAACUGCUCUGGACGGAGGAAAACCUGCCCGGUCAGGGACAUUAAAAAUAGUUGUUAAUGUCAUAGAUAUAAACGACAAUGUCCCAGUAUUUGGUAAACCUCUGUAUAAGGCCCAGGUCACAGAAAACGCUCCAUUUCAGACACCUAUACUGAGUGUAACUGCUACAGAUUUAGAUGAAGGGAUAAAUGGGGAGAUUGUGUAUUCAUUUAUUGAGAGGGGAAAUUUCAAUCCUGAAGCUUUGUUCUCAAUAAACCCAGAUACAGGUGAAAUAACUGUAAAAGGAAAAGUAGACUAUGAAGAGAAUACAGCAUAUGAUAUUCGUGUGCAGGCAAGAGAUAAAGGUACACCUUCUCGAAGCGUGCAUGGCAAAGUGUUAGUGGAAGUAACUGAUGUGAAUGACAAUAUACCUGAAAUCAUUAUAACCUCACUUAUGAGCCCAGUUAAAGAGGACGCUGAGGUUGGCACAGUGGUCGCUUUGGUGACUGUUACUGACAAAGAUGGGGGUAAUAAUGGUGUCACCACUGCUACAAUUCUUGGGUUGGUGCCCUUUAAACUCAAGCUAAACUACAAAAAUUAUUAUUCAUUAACAGUGGAUGGACCCCUUGACAGAGAGAGUGUUUCUCAAUAUAACGUCACCAUCAUAGCCACUGAUGAAGGUAUGCCACCUCUCUCCAGCACUAGUGUCAUUCCUGUUCACAUUUCUGAUGUGAAUGACAAUGCCCCAUUAUUCUCAGAGCCUGUGAUUAAUGUGUAUGUGAAUGAAAAUAGUGCAGUGGGAGCUACUAUCUUUACCAUAACAGCAGUGGAUACUGAUAUCGAAGAAAACUCUAAAGUAACUUAUUCAUCAUUAGACAGCAUUUCAAAAACUAUUCCACUAACUUCUAUUAUAAACAUCAACUCAGAGACUGGAGAAAUAGUCACCCUGCAGUCUUUUAACUAUGAGGAGACUAAAACGUUUCAGUUUAAAGUUCAGGCCACAGACUCUGGUGUUCCUCCGCUCAGCAGCAACGUGACUGUCAACGUUUUUAUUCUGGAUGAAAAUGACAAUAAUCCAACAAUUCUUGCACCCUAUUCUGAGCACAGCUCUGUUAACAGUGAGAGCAUCCCCUAUUCUGCUGAAGCAGGAUACUUUGUGGCAAAGAUCAGGGCUGUAGACGCAGACUCUGGAUACAACGCGCUGCUCUCUUAUCACCUCUCUGAGCCCAAAGGAAACAACCUCUUCCGGAUCGGAACCAGCACCGGAGAAAUCAGGACUAAGAGGAGAAUGAGUGACAAUGACCUGAAAACUCACCCCUUG